UCAAAAACAUUGAGAGGGGGUGAGAAUGGCUCGAAACGACUCGCGAUCUAGGUCGCCGUCUCACCGCCGACGAUACUCCCGCUCGCCUGUCACUCAUCGUAGCAGCCGUCGUACCAGACGCGACCGCAGCCGCUCUCCCUAUCAAUCAAGGCACAAGAAGAGCAGGUCUCCUACACCGAGGCAACGCCAAAGGGAUAGAAGUAGUUCAUCGGAGCAUAAAAUUGCGAUUGAAGUGAAGAAAGAACAGGAAGACAAGGCUAGGCAAGGGAGUCGUUUGUUUUCCAGAUUAGGAGAUAUAUUAAAGCUUCUGCACAUAAUGCAAAGUAUUGAAUUGCAGCAUGAGGCUGAGCUCAAACGACUAGAAGAAGAGACUGCACGGCGGAUCGAGGAAGCAGUGAGGAAAAAUGUGGAGGAAAGGAUGAAAACGGAAGAAGUUAAAGAAGAAAUAGAAAGGCGGACAAAGGAAGCCUAUGAAAAGAUGUUUCUUGAUGUGGAAAUACAGCUGAAGAAAGAAAAGGAAGCUGCUCUAAACGAGGCAAGAAGAAAGGAAGAACAAGCUCGGAGAGAAAGAGAAGAGCUGGAUAAGAUGUUAGAAGAAAAUAGUAGGAGAGUUGAAGAAUCACAGAGGAGAGAAGCAAUGGAACUUCAACGUAAAGAAGAGGAAAGGUAUCGGGUAUUGGAGCUGUUGCAGAGACAGAAGGAGGAGGCUGCAAGGAGAAAAAAACUGGAAGAAGAAGAAGAGAUUAGAAAUUCCAGAAAGUUAUCAAAUGGAAACAGAUCACGAUCCAAGUUGCACUUCUGAAUUGGUUUAUAAUUAAGGAAACAUUGAUUGAUGAGAGAGUCAACAAGUCUGAAGAAGCUUUUCGACUUAUUAAUAUCAGAGAGUAUAGAAAGAUACAGUUGACUGACUCAUACAGUAUCUAGCUGACCCUUCUUAGAGCUUUGUUGUUUCACUAUGUUGUUUAUCAUUGGAAAAAAAUAAACCAGUCCCCGUUGUUUAUCGUUGCACUUGCACCUUUCACUUUCUCUAUGUUCUCUUGGCCUUGA